UACACUGCAAAGGACAUCCCUGACCAAACCGGCAAGGUGAUUCUCGUGACAGGCGGCAACACCGGUAUCGGUUAUGAAACAUGCCUCAUGCUUGCCCAAGCUGGCGCCAAAGUCUAUCUCGCAGCUCGUAGCGAGGCGCGUGCCAAUGCUGCCAUUGAAAAGAUUCGAGCUCGAAACCCCAAAGGAACCGUCCAAUGGCUCAAGCUUGACCUGCAAGAUCUUGAAAGCGUGCGAAGUGCUGCUCAGAGCUUCAGUAACAAAGAAUCGAAGCUUGAUGCGCUUUUCAACAACGCUGGCAUCAUGGCUACUCCGUACCAGUUGACCAAAGACGGUAUAGAAGAACAGUUCCAGACGAAUCACGUGGGACCCUUCUACUUGACGCGCUUACUACUUGGCAAGCUUGAACGCGCCGAUGAUCCACGGAUCGUCAACACAUCUUCAUUUGGUCACAGAUUCUACACUGCCAACGCCGAGUCCUUCACGUCUCUUGAGGAGGUGAACAAGACAUGCGACAGCACUUGGACUCGCUAUGGUCAAUCCAAACUUGCAAACAUCCUGUUUGCCAUGGAGCUUGCUAAGCGCCACCCAAAGAUUAUGAGUAACGCUGUGCAUCCAGGUUUCAUUGACACAGAGCUUAGUCGAGGUACAGGAGCCUCCUAUGGUAAAGUGUUUCAGACGUUGUUUGACUGGAGCAUCAAAUUGGGUGCCUCUGUUGUGGGUGUGACUCUUUCGCCACCCGAGGGUGCUCUCACACAGCUCUAUGUUGGCACAGCCAAAAAGGUGCGAACGGAUGCCAUCUCUGGUAGGUUCUUCGUUCCUAUCGCCAAG